AUGAAGACUGUUAGAACCAUAUCUUUGCUUGUUUUCUUCAGCUACAUUAAAUGUCAGACUCUUCAGAGAAGUUUACUAGAUGCAGCCAUGCAGCACUCUAAUAGCCAGAAUUAUCUAGAGGAGAACUUAAGAGCUGUCACUAGUAUUAUGGUUGCACAGUUUCUUCAGAAAUUGACUUAUGAAAAAGUACAAACCAUAGUUAAAGAAUUGCUAGAUCUUGCAGAGAAGUGCAAGAGCCUCAAGCCACAUGAAUCACCUUCAGAAUGUUGUCACCAAUUGAUGACUACCUUCCUAGAGCAUAUUUGCAAUAACCAAGGGUUGGCUGACAGACAUGUGUUUUCUGACUGUUGCAAUACAAAUAACUCAGCAAGACACAAGUGCUUCCUAUCAUACAAAAAGGAUGUUGCAGGUUACAGUGAUAUAUUCCAAAUUUCAGAUCCUGAGCAGAUCUGUGAGAUGGACAAAGAGAAUCAUGUGCCAGUGAAAGAGAAGUACAUUUAUGAAACUUCUAGGAAGCAUCCAUUCUUGUAUGGACCCACUAUUCUGACCAUGUCUGCUUGCUAUGAAACAGCUGUUCAGUCUUGUUGCCGAGAAGAAAAUAAGACUGAAUGCUUCCAGAUAAAGCUAGAACCCAUCAGAAAAUACGUUAGAGAAAUAUCUUCGAGGCAUCACCACUUAUGUGAGAUUGGGAUUAAAUUCAACCACAAAGUAGCGAAAGCAGUGGAAUUGGUUCUGUUGACUAAAAAACAACCUAAAGCUAACUUUUCUGAAAUUGCCAAACUGGCCAUGGAUAUUAAAAAUCUGCAUCAGAUCUGUUGUGAAGGAAAUACAGUAGCGUGUGUGCUUGGCAGAAGCCAGCUUAUGAACUAUACCUGCUCUAAACAGGCUACACUAUCCAGCAAGAUCAUUCCAUGCUGUGAACUGCCAGAACCAUUCCGAGGGGAAUGCAUUAUCAACUCAGAAAAUGACAAACCUGAUCUCUCAUCCCUGCCACUUAGCAGGUUUACAGAAGACCAGUUUGUAUGCAAACAAUUCACUGACAAACAAGAUGACUUCCUACAAGAGUUUCUUUAUGAAUAUUCAAGAAGACAUCCAGAGUUGGCAGUUCCAGUGAUUUUAAGAGUGGAUACAGUAUAUCAAAACUUACUGGGAAAAUGCUGUAAAUUAGAAAAUCCUCUGGAAUGCUAUAGUCAUGGGGAAGAGAUGUUUCAAAGAGUGGUUCAUGAAAGCCGUGAGCAUGUGAAAAAUCAGUGUGAUUUACAUGAGAAAUUAGGAGAGAGUAACUUCCAUGACAGGCUCAUAGUCCUUUAUACUAAGAAAGCCCCACAACUAUCUGCUCAGGAGUUGGUUAUAUUCACGAAGAGCAUGGCAGCUGCUGCCACCACAUGUUGCCCACUGAAUGAUGAGCAACAGUUUGCUUGCAUGGAGAACUCGGCAAAGCUAAUUCUUGGAGCUCUAUGCAGAAGACACGAGGCAGAGCCUAUCAAUGCUGGCGUGGGUCACUGCUGUGAUGACUCGUAUGCCUUCAGGAAGCCUUGCUUUGAUGACCUGCAAGUAGAUGGAACUUACAUUUCUCCACAUUUAUCCUGUGACCAAGUCGUCAACCUUAAUGAGGACUUGUGCAGAGCUCAGGAGGAGGAAUUACAAACUGAAAAGCAAAAACUUCUCAGCAACCUUGUGAAGCAGGAACCAUAUGCAGCAGAGAUGCAGUUCCAAUCAGUUAUUGUGGAUCUUGCUCACCUGGUGGAGAUGUGCUGUCAAGCAGAGAAAAGUGAAAUGUGUCUCCAAGAAGAGGGGUCCAAACUGAUCAAAAAGUGCCAGUCUCUUUUGGGAGGCUAA